UGGGUCAACUGGAGAAUCCAAGAUCGUGGAUGGUGGGGUUGACGUCACUUUUACAAUAUUUUACUAAGCUAUUUUCUCUGGAUAGACUCAGCAAAAGUCUGUCAGUCGUCGCUAUCGCACGGAAAAGAACAGUCUUCUCUGGAAAUUUUACAUUAGUAACCGUGGGAAAAUGUGGACUGCAGUUCUGCUAGCAAUUUUUGCUACAAUCACACUUGCCAAUGCUUCAGGAGUACAUUAUUAUUCCAGGCUCGUGUCAUCAGAUGGAUGUGCCUCUUAUACAUGUGGAGUCAAUGCUAAAUGUACCAUGACUGAUGGUCGACCUGUGUGUUCGUGCUUGAACCUUCACAUGGGUGAUCCUCUGAUUCAGUGCCAUCGAGUUGAAUGCAUAAUUCCUGAGGAUUGUCCGAAUCACAAAACUUGUGCCAACAAUCAUUGUGUAGAUCCUUGUGCAGGAUUCUGCGGUGUAAAUUCAAAUUGCAAGGUAGUUAAUCAUUCACCUAUUUGCUCUUGUCCACCAGGAUAUACUGGAGAUCCAUUUAAAUCUUGCCAUGUAGCUGAUCCUCAGGCGGCUUGUAAGCCAAGUCCUUGUGGAAUAAAUACUCGCUGCGAAGUAAUCAGAGAAGUCCCAGUCUGUACUUGUUUACCAGGAUAUCGAGGUUCACCACUAACCGGAUGUAGACAUGAGUGCGAAAGCGACGCUGAAUGUCCUCAACAUCUUGCUUGUUCAUCGAACUUUAAGUGUGAAAGUCCAUGCAAAUGUGGAGAUGGUGCCAAUUGUGAUGUUGUUCAUCAUCAAGCUAAAUGUACCUGUCCAAACAACUGGCUUGGAAAUCCCCACCUAAGAUGCUACCCAGAGUGUACCACUCACUCCGAAUGUCCUGGAAAUAAACCAGCUUGUGUGUAUCAAAAAUGUACUAAUCCUUGUGAAGGUGCCUGUGGAAUAAAUGCCAACUGCGAAUUACGUGGUACUACACCAGUAUGCAGUUGCCCACGCGAUAUGACUGGAAAUCCAUUCAUUAGCUGUAGACCUUUUGAACCUGAGGAUCUUUGCCGACCAAAUCCUUGUGGAGAAAAUGCUGUUUGCACUCCAGGUCAUGAUAAUACAGGAAAAGAGAGACCAGUUUGCACAUGCCCUCCAGGAUAUAUUGGAAAUGCAUUGAUCAGUUGUCGGAGAGGUGAAUGCCAGACAGACAGCGAAUGUGCUGACAAUAAAGCUUGUAUUGAUUAUUACUGUCAAAAUCCUUGCACUGGGAAAGAAUGUGCACCAAGUGCAGUAUGUCAAGCUCGACGGCACAUAGCAGUCUGUACAUGUUCAGAUGGAACACGAGGAGAUGCUGUUGUGGGAUGUAAUGUUAUUCAAUCGCGUGUUGCUGGAUAUGGAAGAUACUUGGCUGGAAAAUAAAUUUCUUUCAUUCACUUAACUUUAAUAUUUAAGUUAAACAUUAACAAAUUAUGUCGAACAUUUGAAAAUUAGAAUAUUUUGUUAAAUUUUAUAAUUAUUGUGGAAAUGAAACA